AUGGCGGCGUCAAUAGGUGGGAGCGUUGACACUGCUAGGCUCCUUCUUCAGGAAGGCGCGGAUGCCAUGGGGAGCAAUAAGCUAGGGAACACGGCUUUGCAUUAUGCUUCGUUGAAAGGUCAUCUUCAUAUUGUAAAACUUUUACUUGAAAGAGGAGCAGGAAUUAACGCACUUAACAACAGAGGACUUACUCCUUUGAUGAUGGCAACAGAAGCAGGUAGUAUUGAAACUGUAUUACUUCUGCUGCAGAAAGAUGCCGACGUCUUGGAUAGCUGUAAAUUCAAAUAUACAGCGUUGCAUUAUGCUUCGAGUAAAGGUGCUUCCGAAAAUGCAAAACUUUUACUUGAGAGAGGAGCAGACGUGAAUGCACGUGACUACGUAGGCUGGACUCCUUUAAUGGACGCCGCAAGAGCAGGCAGUGUAGAGACCGCGACAAUUCUUCUGCAGAACGGCGCUGAUGUCUCGGCAACCACUACGAGGAAGGACACCGCCUUGCAUUUCGCCUCGGCCGCUCGCGAGAUCGGGGUGGCGAAACUGCUGGUUGAAAACGGUGGCCCGGUGAAUGCUCGCAACGCUUCCGGGAACACGCCCUUCCUGGAGGCAGCCCGGGUCGGCGACGUAGAGCUUGCUCGUCUUCUGCAACGCGGCGGAGCGGAGGUCUUGGACUGUGACGGAAGGGGAAGGACACCCUUGCACUUCGCAUCGUUGCAAGGUCAUCGCGAGUUCACGAAAUCGUGGGCUGCCUUCUACAACACCCGCACCAUCAGAUUGAGCCUGAGGUAGAAGAUCAGAACGGGACCCAGACGCCGGCGGGGAUUUACCAAAUACUUCAUCUCGCUGACGCACCAUGUCCACAGGACCAACCACGUGACCAAGGAGAAAAUGCAGUGGGAAAGGAAAAUCGAACAUACGUGGCAACCGAGAAGGUGCAGGAAACGAAGUCACGAAUCCCUCCCGAUUCACUAGCCAUUCUAAAGUGCGAUUCGCCCAAAAACAGCGCCCUGAACGUCGCAUGUCUGAAAGGACAGUGCGGGAUGGCGAAGCAGUUGCUAGCGUUGGGAGCCGAUGCGAAUGCUCGGAGCAAAUCGGGUAUCACACCGUUAAUAUGCGCCGUGUUGUCAGGAAGCGAGGAUGUAACGCGGCUACUUCUUCAACACGGAGCGGGCGUCUCCGUGAGCACAGGCGACGAAAACACGCCGUUGCACUUGGCUUGCUUUAGAGGCAGCCUGGCCGUCGCGACGCUGUUGGUGGGCGCAGGCGCCGACGUGAACGCCCGCAAUCGGAAGGGAAACACCCCGUUGGUCAUGGCCACUACGUCCGGCGCCGCGGAGUCCAUGCAGACGCUCUUCCAGGCGCAGGAGCGCAACGCCGCGAAGCUCCGGGCGGCGCUGGAGCAGCAGUCGGCCGCCCACGGGGUGAGCGUGGACGCCAUGACGGGCUCGUACCGCGGGUCGACUGCCGAUCUCCACCGGCUGAUCGAGCUGUUGGUGGCUCGCGGCGCGGACGUGAACGCGCGGAACAGCCUCGGCAGCACGGCGCUGGUCGGCGCGUGCGCCGGCGGCGCUGCGGAGACCGCGCGGCUGCUGCUGGAGAUGGGGGCCAGCGCGUCGGCCGGCGAGGGGAGCGCCGCGAUCUCGCCGCUGCACGCGGCGUCGACGCGAGGGGACGCCGCCCUCGCGAGGAUGCUGCUGGCGAAGGGCGCCGACGUGAAUGCGCGGAGCCGGAAGGGCAGCACGCCCUUGAUGUUGGCCGUGGAGUGCGGGAGCGUCGACACGACGCGGCUGCUCCUGCGGGAAGGAGCGGAUGUGCGGGCUUGCAACGCGGAUAGAAACACCGCCCUGCAUCUCGCCUCGUUGAACGGCGACGUGGAAAUAGCGGAGGUACUACUUACGAAUGGGGCGAACCCCAACGCGCAAAACGGCAAAGGGAAUUCUCCUUUGAUGCUGGCUGCUGACGGCGGGAGUUUGCAGACCGUACGGUUGCUUCUUGACAAAGGUGCUGACAUUUCUGCUUACAAUAAUGAAAAGAGCACCUCGCUGCACUUCGCUUCGAAAAAUCAUCGUGAUAUUACACAACUCUUAAUUAAGAAUGGGGCAGAUGUGAACGCGCGGAAUCACAAAGGAACCACUCCCUUAAUGUGGGCGGCGGAGUUGGGGAACAUAGAGACCACAUCCCUUCUGUUGGAAUGUGACGCUGACGUUUUGAUUUGCAGUGAAAGUAAGAAUACCGCUCUGCAUUUGGCAACGGUGAAAGGCCAUAACAAAGUAGCAAAACUUCUCGUUGAGAAAGGUGCUGAACCCAAUGCAAAAACCACAAGACGAAAUACCCCGCUCAUAAUGGCUGCAAACAGUGGCGAUUUGGAGACUCUCUUACAGCUUCUUCACAACGGUGCUGACCCAUGUGCUUACGAUGUCAACAGAAACACGGCUUUGCAUUUUGCCUCGACUAAAGGUCACCUCGAAGUCGCGAGAGUGUUAAUCGAAAAAGGAGCUGACGUUAACGCCCGGAACGACAAAGGAAGCACCCCGUUGAUUUGGACAGCAGAGAGUGGCAAGGUGGAGACUCUGAAAUUGCUUCUUCAAAACCAAGCGGAUGUUAUGGCUUGCAACCACGAGAGAAACACCGCUUUGCAUUGCGCUGUAAUAAACGAGCAUCACGAGGCAGCGAAACUUUUACUGGAAGGUGGUGCUGAUGUGAAUGCACAAAACGGCAAAGGAAACGCGCCUCUGGUGAGUGCGGCUCAGAAAGGCAACGUGGAAGAGGUCGAGCUUCUCCUGCAAAGCGGAGCGGACGUCGACAUACUCAACGAAGGCAAAAACACGCCUUUGUACUUCGCGUCUUUCACAGGGCGACGAGAAGCUGUGAAAGUGUUGAUUGAGAGGGGCGCCAACGUCAACGCACGUAACCAGAAGGGAAGCACCCCUUUAAUGUGGGCUAGCGAGGGAGGCCAAGUCCAUACUGCAAGAUUGCUUCUACAGAACGGAGCAGAUGUUUUGAUUCGCAACAAAUUGGGACUCACAGCCUUGCACUUUGCUUCGACGAAAGGUCAACGGGAUGUGGUGGAGUUGUUGCUUGAGAAAGGCGCAGAAGUGAAUGCCGCAAACGACCAAGGUCUAACAGCGCUAAUGUCUGCCGCGGAUGCAGGGAGACAGCAGGUCGUGCGGCUUCUUGUAAACAGUGGCGCGAACGUCUCGGCGUGCAGUGCUACCAAAAUCACCGCCUUGCAUUUUGCUUCCAAGCGUCAUCCGGACGUUAGUCGCGUGCUGAUUGAGAACGGUGCAAACGUGAACGCGCCCAACCACAAAGGGACUACACCCCUGAUUUGGGCAGCAGAAGCUGGAAGUGUGGAAAAUACACUAAUACUUCUCGAGAACCGUGUGAACGUCUCGGCUUGCGAUUCAGACAGAAACACCGCGCUCCACUUCGCGGCCUUGAAAGGGCAUUACGAACUCUCCAAACUGUUGCUUGAGAAGGGCGCCGACGCGAACGGGCGAAACGUACGAAGAAGCACGCCGCUGAUGAUGGCGGCGGAAAGCGGCAACGCGCAGAUCGCAGGGCUUCUGAUCGAGAGGGGGGCGGACGUGUGCGCUUCCAACUCGGACGGGAACACCGCCCUGCACCUCGCGGCCGGCAAGGACCGCGGCGCGGUCGCCGCUCUGCUGCUGGAGCACGGGGCGCGCGUGGAC